AUGGAACACCCUGACAAAUUCGAACAGUUGGUUCAGAAACCUAUCAAAGCAGAAACUGACGCUCAGAAUGUGCAGAAAAUGUCUCAAGCCUCACAGGAUCCUCCAAAGCCUGAAGCUGUUUCUGAAAGGGAUGAAAAUAUUGACCAAUCUUCUCAAUCCCAUAACAGUGAGAAGAAGAAUGAGACCGAGCUGAUCUUGAAGAACUCCUCAGUUCUUGUGAGGAAAAGAAAGGCAGUUACCUCUAAGAAGAUAGGGAGUGACAAAAAAUCUAAGAAUUAUGACAGUGAUAAUGACUCUAAAGUCCAAGACAUGGAUAGCAACCUAAAAGCUGAGUUUUUAUACCAUGAUUCGUAUGCUCUUCCUGACCUUACUGAUUAUCUUCAGGGAUACAUCAAAAUCAUAGUAGCAAGGGAAUACCUUACUAACCAGAACAAAGCUAUUAUUAAGAGACAAAUCUGGGGGAAUGAGUUUUAUUCUUCAAACUCUGAUAUAGUUUGCAUUCUUCAGCAUUGCGGGGCUUUUAAGUUGCAAGAACUUCCUCCAAAAUAUCAAGGACUCGCUGUUUAUUUCAAAGUCAGCAGGAACAGAAAUAAUUAUGCAAGUCAUUUCAAGAAUGGUGUCAGAAGCAGAAGGACCCAGUCUUUUGAUGGUCAUUCUCUUAAAUUCGAGACAGCUAUUGAGCUUGUGAAUCUUGGACCUCAAGAGAAGCUAAACAGCCUUGCUUCAAGAAUGUCUACAAAAAGAAGCAUUAGAAGAAAGCAGAAGCAGGCAAGGAAAGCGCUCGAAUCCGAACAAGAUAUGAGCAUUGUCUUCAAUCUAAGUGGGGAACCAAUGAAUAAAUUCAACCUAGGAGAAUUUGGAGAUAGAAGACAUAUUGACAGAAGAGUCUCUGAGACUAUUCAAAAAGAAGUCCUUUACCUAGAGACUUAUGCUAAAAGGUAUGAAGUGAGCUUUGACCCUCAUAAAAAGCUGUAUAAUGUCAAAGAGGUCCAGAAGCCCUUACUCAAAGACCUGGUCUACAUGUAUAAAGCAGGAGUCCCUCUUCCAGAGACAGAUGUGAAGGAAGUCCUAACAGACCUAGAAUGGAAAGAAUUCUUAUGGGGAGAUCACUCACUUAGAAUCAGAGACUCCUUAAAGUUGAACUACAUCAACGGAUACAUGUACAUUCCGAUCCCAGAGUAAUUGAGAGAGCUCCAUUUACCAUUGUAAAUUUUAAAAUUUCAAU